CGGCAACCGCGGGCUGGAGUCAGAGCAGCGGUCCCCCCAGGCCCACCGGGCAGAGCCGGCACAGGUCAGCACCCUUUGAUUCUGGGUCCCGCAGCUGACAAAAGGCAGCACGCAGUGGGCAGGGCCGCGCUCCUUAGAACAGCAUGAAAGCCCUUGUAAUGGUAUUUUUAUGUGAUUUCUAAAAGGCUUUGUCAGCUUUUCACUGCUGAUGUAUGUGUUUAUUUGUGUGUGAGCAUCUCCACCGUUGUCAUCCAAGUUAGUCUGAGGGAGCCAAAAGCUGCUUUCCUCAGUAUUUUACACUUAAAGGUGCUGCCUGUAGUGACGAACUGUCAGAAGGAUCAGGUGUGUGUGUCUUCUCUUUGUUAGCCUCUCAGAGCCAGCCUCCGGGACACUGCUGCCAACUGAGACUAGUUCAGCAUUUAGCAGCCAGAAGUGGGUGAAACCAGAAACAGAUCUGGUUUAGAUCCAUUUGGAUUUAGAAUCUAAGCCAAACUCUCAGCUAUGAAGGUAGAAACAAUGCUUGAAACUUAAACCAGUUCCAAGCUACAAAAAAAACGCCAUUUUCACUGACCCCCCCCCCCCCAUUUAACGCAUUUUCCUCCAGUGUCUUAGCAACUGUUGAUGGGGCAUCUGGAUUUCCCACAGUGCACUGCAGAGCCCCCGCAGUGAGACCUCAACCAGCGGCUUGAGGAAGGGAGAUGCAAAGGAGAGGUCCGGAUCGUGCAGUGGUGGUGGUAGUGAGUUUUCUCAAGCUUUUUUGUGUCUCGGUUUUAGAGUAUUGAAAUAAUCAGUCACGUCAUUAGAGUCUGUGGAGUCUGUGACAGGAUCAAAGAUCAAAUAAAUGUUUAAAGGUGUUUUUUUGCAUGGGUAGGUGGUCUGGUUGUGUCUCUGCUGUCAGUGUUUGGUUCCAUCACCAUGAAAACCACAGACGACUCCUCCUUUCAUCACAACUUAGUUAAUAUUUCACUAGGAGUUUAUUUUAGUUAAUGUGCUGGGAUCUAAGUUGAACUGUUUGGGGCACACACACCCUGCUGAAGUCAGAUGUGUGGGAUUGAUAGGCCCCAUUGUUUAAACAGAGCUUGCCACUAUAUGCCCUGUAACGUAAUUAAGGCCAGCAGAUUUACGCUGCCCAGAACCUGAUCCUUGCGUCUGGACUCGGACUGAACAGCUCUGACCAGCUGGUCCUGCUUUUUGCUCUGGCCUCUGUCACUGUGUGGGAGUUUUAUUAGCUUAAAAAAUUUGUAGCAAACUUACAGUGUUUGUUAAGGAAACGUUACGAAUGAGAGACUUGCAGCAGUUUUCACAGGCUAAUUAUUAACAGACACCUGCUAUUUAGACAGACUGCAUGUUCUCUCUACCGACAAAUCUUCCCAGGAGACUGGAGGCACGUAGACCAACAUGUAGGAGUCCAGACACCUUGCUCUGUCAGGAACUGAGUGGUGAUGAUAUUUUGGCGUCAGCUAUGACUAAUCUGAACGGCUAGUUUUCACUGGACAUGUCUGCUGUGGACAGACCAGGAGCCACGCAGCCUCGGUGGGACAGACCUUCCAGGAAUCCUCUGGGACUCGUGGCUGGAAGCAGGCGUCCCCUCAGCACAUGCACCUGGCUCCCUGACGGCCCCCGCUCCGCUCAGCGCACGCACAGGAGUCCCGUUUAUGUGUCCUUUGUCAGCAAGGCCAUCCUGUGGGACAGAGGACUCUGUCACUACCCUGCUCACGUUCAUCCCACCGAUCGCACCUCACUGUGUCCACGCUUCUUAUCCCACAUGAAGGCUUGUCCAGGAGACUUCAGGCCUCCUUGUUUCCUCAGCUCCACGUUAAGGCCACAGCCUCCACCUCAGGGGACGACGACACACAUCCUCCUGGCACCAAAGACCCAAACGCUGGAGGGGUGCUUCCAUUUCGAUCCAGAGAGAAGAGGUCGUGCAGUUCACAGCGCUCGCGUCAACGUAGGGCGACGCGCUGCUGUCGCUCCUCCCCGUCCUCCGCUCCCUGCGACACCGCCUCCAUCCAGCAGCAGCAGCAGCAGCAGCCCAACGCCUCCCCGCCAGCGCAGCCUCCGCGCCCACUCUGGGCGACAGCAGAGCGGGUCCAGCACGGCGCCACCGUCCCCUCCUGGGCCUCGUCUCCCUUCAGAGGAUAAACACGAGUCACCGGAGAAGGAGCGAGCGCCUCAGCCAGCGGUGGUGUCCAUCGCAGAGUCCGCAGAGCGGGACGGGCCGCUGAACCUUGGGCCGGCUGGACCCGUGCGCUCAGAGACACCGGCCUCUGCUGUGUCACACGGCUCCCUCUCAGACUGGAGUCGCCCUCCCUCCAGCCUUUUCAGUCGGAGCACUGACCUCUCCAGUGGCAGGAGCAGUGUCCUGUCGGGUGUGACGGACACAGACCCUGAAGGCAGCGUUUGCCUCUCUCCCCUCCACCUGUCGUCAGUGAUGGAGCUACCUCUGUCUGCCUCUCCAGCUGGACCCACCCCUCACGGGUCCACAACAAGCACCACCACCCAUCCACCCUAUGAGCCGGACUCACGUCAAACCAAGGCCUUCUCGCCUCGCCCAACUUCAAGCAUCCAGUCACAUUCACAUAAACCCCUGAGCAGCAGCAGAAGCUCAAAACCAGCAGAGAAGCUCCCCCACGAUGCGUCCACAGAUCCCGCUCUCAACCUGUCUCUGCCCUCUGACCAUGGCCUUGUCACACUGACUUUCACCCCCACCACCUGGUCGUCCUGCCCAAGUCCACAAAGGAGCACUCCCCCUUCCCCUCCCCUGAGUGGCCUGGAGUCUCAGCGUUGGCCCGUGCUGCCGCCCAUCUCUCCAGUCAGAGGACGCUGCGGCACAGCAGCAUCACGCUACUCUGAACUAAGCUGCACGCAGUCUCACGUGUUCGAUGAACUGGAGGCCAUCGCUCCCCUGUCCACUUCCUGUCUGUCGCUAGACGAGGCCUCAGACUCAUCGGGCACGUCUUCACCUGACUCAGCGCUGUCUCCGGGCCUGGCGGCGCUGACCGUGGGCUGCGACUCAGGGAACCUGGGUUCACUGUCCCGGGUUCAGCUGCUCCUGCUGGACAGAGCAGAGCCUGAGACCCUGCAGAGCGCCGGCAGCUUUGAGGAGAACUGGGACGAGCUUAGCUGGAGUUCGGCAGAAUGUCUGUCUGGGUUUGCUGGAAGCUUGGCCUUCCUCUCUGUCUCCAGAACAAUGUUUGCACCUGGCACGCCUCUGCAGACAGGUGUUUUGAGGCCUCGCACAUCUGGCAGCAUCUCUGAAAGGUGCGACUCUGCGGGGAAAGUCCAGGAGGCCAGAUCGGAUGCAUCUGAAGGAGGCUCAUGGUCAUCGUCCUCCUGGAUCAUAGACCCGACUCAUACGUCAGCAUGUUCCCCCUGCCCGUCUCAUCAUGACUCCUGCCUAGAUGACGGAGGUCAUGACGAUGAGUCCGAUCAUCCAGGGUGGAGGGACGACACUGGGAGAAGUGAGGAGCGGGACACAAAGAUGGAGGAGAGGAAGACAAAGGUGAUGCACUUGCUGUCCAAGCUGCAGGACACGACUCCACGGAAGAGAAACAGCCCCAGAGGCCCCUCCGACUUCGAGGACUUUGACUUUUUGGCCAAGUACUGUAUCUUCAGUCAGGAGAAGCUGGCUGAGUACAAACGAGCUUUUGAAGCAGAGGACAGUGAUGGUGACGGCUACAUUUCCUGCCUCCAGGUCUUGCUCGCUCUUAAGAACAUCAUCCCUCCGGAGCUCCUGAGCGAUGAAGAAGAGAUAUACGUCUACAGGAUCCUGGAGAUGGUGGACUUCAGAGUGACAGAUGGACUGGUUGACCUGAGGCUCUUCGCUGUGAUCGCCAGUCUGGCACAGAAGAUCGCCACCAUGGAUUUCCAGUCUCUGAGUUGUUUUUUCGAGGCUGUGAGGAUUUGCCAAGUGUGUCCUAAACCCGAGGUCACAUAUAACAUGACAACUUUCCAACUGUGGGAAUCCAGCGCGUCAAUAAUCGGCCGUGGUCCUGGCUUGAACCCUGAGCCGACAGACACCCAUCACUGUGAUUUGAACUCGGCCUCUGUGCCACCACAUAAUGCUCCAUAUGCUGCAGAUUCCCACACACGGUGCUUUUUCUUUCCUGCCCUGGGGUUUAUAGCUUCCUACAGACAGGAGUGUGUGGAGCCAAGCCUGCUCUGGAGGUCCCCCUGGGUCAAGGCUUGCUCCCUGGCCCUGGAGUGAGAGCUCACUCUCAGCGAGGACUGGGCCAGGGUCACGGGUCCCCUGAUUUACGGCCGGCCCUUUGUGCUGUGUGUUAGAGGCGGCCUGUGGACUGCCUGCCUCACCGGGGCGUCUGCUCUGUAUAGAGGCAAUUAUAGUAAUGAUAAUGAAUGUCCAUAAUAAACCUCUUUUCACACAACUCCUCUUUUAGUGUGAAUGCUAAGAUGAGAGAAGAUCAGCGUUCAUAAUGCCAGCUCCUCCACGCGGAGAAAACAAUAGUAUCCUUCUGUCAUCUCAUCCCAACUGCACUAAAUUGAUCCUCUUACCUGCUUCAGUUAAUCCUGUUGUGUCUAAUCCAAGCUUAGAAAUGAGCCGCAACAGUAGUUACACAAUCGGCCUUUCUGACCAUGCGGCGCUUUGAAACCUGAGGAGGUGCAUCCCACAUUUUCAUGGAUUGGACCUCGCACUAAUUGCAGCCUUCCCUGCUUUAACGCUCCUCUUUUUAACUGUACGUCCCCCCUCGCCUCUCCUCGCCUCCCCAGCGCCCUCCGUGCUGUUUUGGCCCCUGACUCAGCCCAUCUGUCCCCGUGCAGCAUUGUGCUCGGCAACAAGUCCACCUCACACAGCGCCGCAUUCCCUCAGGGCGAGCACAUUGCCACACAGCGUCAGUGAAGCUCUCGCAGCCACUGUGCUCAGCGCAUCCUCCCAUGGAUCUGUGCAAACGAGCACACCAGGAGAACGAGACGCCGGGCAGCAGGUACCGGACCAGACCCUGGGUCCUCCAAAACAACUCUCCUUUCUGUCCCAUGGAACUAGGUCAGAGUGUGUUUGCACCCCCGCCUCACUGUACUCCAGCCGCCAAAAUGUUGUGCAUUACGUAAGCGAGCGGUCGGCUGUGUUCGCCCCAGCAGGGAGCCAGAGGAGGGCCCACAAAAGAAAAUAGGUUAGGCUGCUAUUAGAGCCUCUGCGGUCCGUCUCCUGAGCCCUCGCCUCUCAUUUGCGCUGCCCAUUAUCACAUCAGUGUCUUCAGCCCACCAGCGUUCAGACUUUUUUACUGCAAACCGAGUGCAAUUAACGAUCAUUAGCUGCCCUGUCUCCCUUGGUCCCCAUCCCCCAGCCCUGUGGUUGGAGGACAAGGGCCAAUCAGGGCCCUGGAAGCACUCAGGCAUGCAUUGUACUCGCCGGCCCAGCGCUUGGCUAUUCUUUACUCCAACAGGCCAUUGAGCGGCGGGCAGGAGGGGCUCAUUAACACUGGGCGCUCGUUAGCGGAGGGACGGCUGCCGCUGUGCCACACGCUGCACAGGAGCGGCCGUGUCUCCCUCUAAUUGUCCGAGUGGACCUAGAUUUUGUUUGUCCGCCAGUGGUCCGAUCGCCGCAGAGUGUGGCCCGGCCCGGGUUCCCCUGCGUAUGGCCCCGCCCCCCUCCCGGCGCCCCCGCCCCCAGCGGCCACCGUCCCCGAAGCCGAGCGGUUUUAUCCGUUACUUUGGCGGGACGUCCCCAUGUGCCCACGCAUUGUUUUGCAGCCAGGCCACGGUGAGCAACCACAAUGGGCUCAGAACACUUUACCAUCACGUCUCUGUAAACAGAGCGUCGCAUGGGACGCACCCGCCAAAAAUCAUCCGCCACCGCCAGUGAGCCACUCCGACUGCGUCUGCACAUCACUGACCACUAAUCAGUUUUAGACGAAUGAAUAAAAGUUUAGUUUGGUUUUGUAUAUUUAUUUAAACGAUCAGCUCUGUUAAUCACAAACUGACAAAUGCAGUUUGAUGAACACGAACCUUCACCAGCAGGGAGAGAAGGUGUGCACAGUGUUGCAUUGUGGGAAGUGUAGGAUCCAGCCAGAGCAGAUCUUGACUCGUAGCACCUGCUGAAAAACCUGUUUCUAAAUGUUGUCCUGCUC